AUGGCUAACUCGCCGGAAGUCCUUUUCAUUAAUCUCAUGGCAGGAAGCGACUUCAGUGAGUUUGUGAUCUUUGCUCGGGUUCACCACCUCGUGUACCAGCUUCCAGUCUCGGGCAUUGCAGAACAGGGCAGCCGCUUUAAGAAGGACCACCGUGAGGUGUACUUUGCCAACAUGUACAUGUAUAUCGGGCCAGAGUUCAGACCGGACAAGCAAGAAGGAUUCCGAGUAGGAAACCCAUCGUAUUGGGCCCGGUUGUCUCUGCGAGUCGAGGCUCGCAUAGUUCCUCUCGAAGUCGGGCUCGAUGCCACGAGGCCUGUGGCUGCCCUUGAAGAUUCAACAUCGUGGACCACCAUCUUAACGGUCUAA